CAGUGAACCGGGUACAUGCGCGAUUUAUAGUUUGUUUUUAGCUUAAAUUAUUUCAGGCUAGCUUGCUAGCUUUCCAUUAAAACGUUUUUUUUUUUAUCGUUUAUAAAACAAGAUUGGGUCAUUCUUUUGCUUUACUGUAAUAUAGUUACAUCAUUGUUUAGCUACUAAUUUAAUCAGAUGAACUCAUGGGCGGUUUUCGACAGCUACAGUAGCUUGCUAGCGCGAAAUCUUUAUUUCUGACGCAUUCAUUGGUUGUUUGUUGUUAUUUUUAUUAGCUAUCUAGCUAGCUAAUUAACUAAGCAAACGUAUAUUAUUUACACAGAUUCAGUAACGAUUGCGCAUGUAGCUACCCACCUCUAGUUGAAAGUAACACGUUUGAAAAAAGUUAAAACUACUGCACUUAGCUAGCUAUUAAACCUUCGCUAGCAUCUGGCAAAAGAAGGAAGAGAACAUGCCAAUCCAUUCUCGAGAAAAGAAAGAAAGUAACCAUGAGGAGAUCAUGGAAGUCGAUUAUCCCGAACAAGAAGGGAGCAGUUCAGACGAGGAUGACACUGAGAGCUCGUCCGUGUCAGAGGAUGGCGAUAGCUCAGAGAUGGACGAUGAGGACUGUGAAAGGAGAAGGAUAGAGUGCCUUGAUGAAAUGACAAAUCUGGAGAAACAAUUCGGAGACCUCAAAGACCAGUUGUACAAGGAGAGGUUGAGUCAGGUUGAUGCUAAACUCCAGGAGGUGAUUGCAGGCAAGGCCACGGAAUACCUGGAUCCCUUAGCAAAUCUGCAGGAGAACAUGCAGAUCAGAACAAAGGUUGCAGGCAUCUACCGGGAGCUUUGUGUAGAGUCUGUAAAAAACAAACAUGACUGUGAAAUUCAAGCUGCUUCCCAACACUGGGAGAGUGAGAAGCUGCUGUUGUUUGAUACAGUGCAGAGCGAACUUGAAGAAAAGAUCCGGCGGCUUGAGGAGGACCGGCACAGUAUUGACAUAACCUCAGAACUUUGGAAUGAUGAGCUGCAGUCAAGGAAGAACAAGAGGAAAGAUCCAUUUAGUCCAGACAAAAAGAAAAAGCCAGUUGUUGUGUCGGGACCAUAUAUUGUCUAUAUGUUACAAGACUUGGAUAUACUGGAGGACUGGACAGCAAUCAGAAAGGCGGUGGCUACUUUAGGACCACACAGAGUCUCAACCAAUAAGAAUGAAAAGCAUCAGCAUAAUGCUCGAUCAGAAGAGGGAAAGUUGUUUUAUGAUGGAGAAUGGUACUGCCGUGGACAAACGAUAUGUAUUGACAAAAAAGAUGAAUUUCCUACAAGUGCCAUAAUUACCACGAUCAACAACGAUGAGGUGUGGUUUAAACGACUUGAUGGCAGCAAAUCCAAGUUGUACAUCUCUCAGCUCCAAAAAGGCAAAUACACAAUCAAACACUGAUAAUUCCAAAGGUCAACUUGCAUUACUGAAACUCCCUCUCUAAAGUUCAGAGAAGCACUGUAUCUUCUGCCUUGUUUUAUAUUUUCGAUAGUACAAUGAAGUCUGAAUGAAGUGUUUUUAUAUGCUUAAAAUAAGAUUUAUAUGAACUUUUUUAUUCUCAUUUUUGUCAAUAUGAGAUGGGUUUGGAUCUUCAGUUGUGUCUAGGUGUAAGUAUAACAAUUUUCCAAUGCUAAACUAUUGGGCAAGAAAACUGUAAUGGAGAAAAUGUAUCCAGACUGAUUCUUUACAGGUUUGCCUUAAUAGUAGCUCAAUGCCAUAGGAUAAAAGUAAAAUAGAAUGGACCAACACUGUUAGAUCUAUAGAAAGCUACACAAACCUUGCCAAAUAUUUGUUAUUCUGUCUUGCCAUACUUGUCUUUGACAGUUUCACUUUUUGUAUUUUUUUAUUACUGGUACGGUACCUGAGAAGACUACUGUCUUAAGCAUGUUUUACAUCUUUCGAGGCUGUGUUAACUUGUUUUGUGCUGUCAAUUCUUAUAACAACAAUACCUCACUGCUGUGUAUUUGCUAGGACAGAACCACUGUCUUAAUGUACAGAGUAAUGUGGGCCUUCAUGUUUUGUUAAGAAGGUAAAUGCUCUCAGUUUGUAAACUACUUUUGCAUUUUUUUAGAGCACAAGCAGUGCUCUGAGGUGUAUAUAUUUUUUACACAUACCUUGGCUAUUAUCUCAUGGCAUGUGUGCUUGUGUUGAGCUACAUUUCUAUGUUAACAUUUGUCCAACUGAGAAAUAAAUAUUUCUAUAGUUGAUUUUACCUGGGCUUAAGAUAUACCCUAUACCACAAAGAGUUGGAGCAGUUUGGAGAUUGCAAUACGUCUGUCCUACCUAAACAGCAAUGUGUUUUCAUAUUACUUAGCCUAGAAAUAAUUUUUUACUUUUGCUAAAAUUAACAAAUACUUUAAAGGUGUAUUCUAGUGCACUAAUGUGAAUGUUGGUGUGAAAAUAAACCGUUAAAGGAAAAGGUAGUUGGAAUCUUGUGAGCAAGGUUGCAGCAAAUACAAUGAGAUCUUUUUAGCCUUUCGGGAGAAAGGAUCAAUAUGAAUGUAUUCGUAUUAAAGUAUUUCGAAUUCACAA